AUGACUUCGCCAAAAAUUCAAAAGGAUAUUGUGAGUGCUUGUGCACAAGAGAUCGUGAAAGCUAUAAUUGAUGACUUGGAUGGAGAUUAUUUUGGCGUAUUAGCUGAUGAGUCCAAGGAUAUUUCACACCAUGAACAAAUGGCCUUUGCUUUGCGGUAUGUUGACAAAAAAGGCCAAGUGAACGAGCCAUUUAUUAGUCUUGUUCGUGUUAGUGAUACAUCUACAAAGUCGUUGAAAGAAGCAGUACUUUCUUUGCUAAUGAAACACUCAUUAAGUCCAUCCAAAAUACGUGGACAAGGCUAUGAUGGGGCUAUUGGAGUUUCUUUUAAGCGUAGAGAUCAACUUCAGGAUCAUCAAGCAGAAUUGUUGGAGCAAUUGUUAGAGAGUGGUGAAGUUCAAAGUGGGAAAGGAUUAAAUCAAGAGCGGGGGCUUCAAAGGCCAGGUGACACUCGUUGGGGAUCACAUUGUAAAACAUUGGAUGACUUUGUUAUUUUAUUUUCUUCUAUUGUUCAUGUGCUUGGGGUGAUUGAAUGUGAAGGUGAUAUUAAUGAUAGGUUGCAAGCAGAAGCUUUUUCGAGUAAAAUUAAAGCAUUUGAAUUUGUUUUCUUGCUUCACUUAAUGUUGAAAGUGUUGAUAAUAUCAAACGAGUUGAGCAAAGCACUACAGAAGAAAGAUCAAGAUAUUGUCAAUGCCAUGGUAUUUCUUGGUAUCACAAAGGAAAGGUUGCAAGAAAUGAGAGAUAAAGGAUGGGAACCAUUGAUGGAUGAAGUAUAUUUAUUUUGUGCAAAACAUGAUAUUUUGGUGCCCAAGAUGGAAGAAUUCUAUAUUCCUGGAAAGUCAAAGCGUAGGCCUUCUAGUGUUACUUAUUCACAUCACUUACGUGUUGAGCUUUUUUAUGCCGUGAUUGAUUUACAACUUCUGGAGCUUAAUAGUCGUUUUGAUGUUGUGAGUAGUAACCUGCUUCUUGGUAUGGCUAGCUUGAAUCCGGCUAACUCAUUUGCUAAUUUUGAUAAGGAAAGAAUAAUGACAUUGGCCAAGCAUUAUCCCGAUGAGUUUGGUGAAUUGAAGCUUCGAGAUCUUAGUCGCCAACUUGACACUUUCAUAUGGCAUAUGCAACAUGGUGACCCUAGGUUCUCUGAUUUGAAAGGAAUUAUAUUGGUGAUUUGGCGAAAGCAUUGGUUGAGACAAAUCAUGUGGAGACUUAUUCACUUGUUUAUUUGCUUGUGA